GCCAUUAAUUGCAGUGUGCUCUCAAGACAAACAAUAUUAGCCAGUUAUAGCCAUGGCCUCUCUUUGUUCUUUCUUGACAUGUUUAGCGGUCAUCCUUGCUUCCUUAUUCCUGACGCGAGCUCAACUCGACCCCCACUACUACGACAAGUUGUGCCCUGAGGCAGUGCCGACCAUUAGGAUGAUGGUUGAGCAAGCAGUUGCACGGGAACCACGCAUGGGUGCAUCGCUUCUCCGAUUACAUUUCCAUGACUGCUUUGUUAAUGGGUGUGAUGGGUCCAUCUUGUUAGAUGACACGCCUACGUUCACCGGAGAGAAGACGGCAGCGCCCAACAAUAACUCUGUCAGGGGUUUUGAUGUGGUCGACAGCAUCAAGGCAGCAGUUAACGCCGCUUGCCAUGGCAAUGUGGUAUCUUGUGCUGAUAUCUUAGCGGUCGCCGCUCGGGACUCCGUUGUUGCGUUAGGAGGACCUUCAUAUGAGGUGCAAGUAGGUAGAAGGGACUCGAGGACGGCGAGCAAGGAUGCCGCGAACAACAACAUCCCAGCACCGACCUUGGACUUCUCAGCCCUUCUCUCCAACUUCCAGUCUCAUGGGCUGUCCAUGAAGGACCUGGUGGUCCUCUCUGGAGGCCACACAAUUGGCCUUGCGAGGUGCACCAGUUUCAGAAGCAGGCUCUACAACGAGACGGCCACCAUGGAUGCCGCUCUAGCUAGCACGCUGAAACCAGUGUGUCCAAGCUCAGGAGGCGACAACAACCUCGCGCCGCUGGAUGAGACGCCGACGCGCUUCGAUGGGGUGUACUUCAAGGGAUUGCUGAAGAAGAAAGGGCUGCUGCAUUCUGAUCAGCAGCUGUUCAAAGGGGAUGGCAGUAGUGGAAGUGAUGGUCUGGUUUUGUACUACAGUAAGAAUCCACAUGCCUUUUGGGAGGACUUCGGGGUGUCGAUGAUAAAGAUGGGGAGUAUGAGCCCCCUCACUGGUCCUUUUGGGGAGAUCCGAAUGAACUGCAGGAAGGUGAAUUGAGGGCUGAGAUUUUGAGAGCUUGGAGUCAAGUCUAGAUGUGUUAGGGUUGGUUUCUGUCUUCUUUUGAGGUGAGAGCUGUUGUCUGGCGUUUAUUUUCCUUCCUUUCUCUUUGAGAGAGAAGUUUGUCAUAAUUCCAUAAUCUUUGUGCAAUAAGAGUUCUGGUGUCUUCGUGAUGUA